CAAUUAUGUCACAAACCGCCCGCCACUGCAAAGAAAUCGUGAAGCACCCCUCCAACGUCGUGGAUUUUUGAACAAUCAAACAAAGCUUGCUAGAAAUGAGCCAGCCGCGGCCGCACAAACCAGAUGCUAGUUUUGCAUUUAAACCCGCCAACAACCUCUCUUCACAAAAGUCACCAACCUUCAACACAUUACCCAAAACCGAUCCUGCCCGCCGCGUCUUUGCGAGCCUCAACGAUAACGAGAUGCACGAACAGACGCCUGCAGCGGCCGGUGAUAAUGCCGGACCGUUUGGAGCCAAUAAACCGAAACCCAAGGCUGCUGAUGAUGAUAUCGAUAUCGACGAGCUGAUCAGCGGCUUCGCAUCGCUGAAACAUGGUGUCCAAGUCCAAACCGCCAGCUCUAUGAACAAGAUUCUCAGUAAACAUGGGCACGGAAGCCAUCCAAAAAUGAUGUCGUCUCUUAAGCAGAAGGCGAACGUUUUUAUCCAACAGAAGUCCCGACCGGAACACCAUCUCCGGACUAAAAUGAACGUCCCUCGAGCACCGACGUAUCAGCAUCGACUGCCACCGCCAAUGCCUGUGUUUAGCUCGAACCAGGUACAUGCCGAGCCUCUCCAUGCGCGAGACGAGGUAUUUUACACGGAUCCCAAUAAAGCCAGUGCAGAUUUGAAGGCUCUAUUGGAAGGCGGUAUGGAAGAAGAGGAAGAGGAGGAGCCCGAAGCGGAACCAGAGCCAGAGAAAGAAGCUCCGCAAGUGGCUAAAGUAACGGGGGCACCAACUACAAAACCACAAGAGACAACCGAAGAAACGAAGACAGCUCUCCAGAAGAAGACUGUAAGAAGGAAAAAGAUACCCAGGGACGGAAAGAUCGACAACCUUGCCGUCCAGCUUUUGCCACACCAAGUGGUAGGUGUCGAAUGGAUGCGUGGACGUGAGCUUGGCCCUGUCAGGAAAGGCAUAGUACCAAAAGGUGGCCUUUUGGCAGAUGAUAUGGGUCUUGGAAAGACCUUGCAAACCAUAUCUCUCAUAUUGCUCAACCAAAAGCCCGCAAAGGAUAGCGAAAGAUGGACAAAAGACAUGGAAAAGGUCGAGAAGACCACCCUGGUGGUGGCUCCCCUAGCCUUGAUUCGCCAAUGGGAACAGGAAAUUAAGGACAAGGUCAGCAAGUUUAAUGGACUUAAGGUCCUCGUCCACCACGGUCCUCAAAGAACGAAGCGUUUCCAAGACUUGGCAGAGUAUGAUGUGGUCAUCACAACCUAUCAGAUCUUGGUUUCAGACCAUGGUGCAUCGUCAACCACCGAUGAUGGCAAGAAAACGGGCUGUUUUGGGCUACAUUGGUGGCGUGUCGUUUUAGACGAAGCCCAUACCAUCAAGAAUCGUCUUGCAAAGUCAACCAAGGCCUGCUACGAUCUGCGCUCAGAGUACCGAUGGUGUCUGUCUGGUACACCCAUGCAGAACAAUCUUGAUGAGCUACAAUCUUUGGUCAGAUUCCUUCGAAUCAAGCCAUAUGAUGACAUCCGCCAAUGGAAGGAUCACAUUGACCGACCAAUGAAAAAUGGCAAAGGCCACAUUGCUAUUUCUCGAUUGCACAGCAUUCUGCGAUGUUUUAUGAAGCGACGCACCAAGGACAUCUUGCGACUGGAGGGUGCCCUAAUACCUGGUGGUAAGGAUGCUUUGAAGGCAAUGCCUGCUGGUGAAGAGGCACCGAAGCCUGCGUUCAAGCCAACAGAAAGAAAAGUUGUCACUAUUUCUUGUGAGCUCUCUGCGGCGGAAAGACAGUUUUACGAUCGCCUGGAGCAUCGAACUGAUCAGCGAGUCAAAGCUAUGAUGCAAGAGAAGAUUAGCUACGCCAGCGCCUUUACCAUGUUGUUGAGACUACGACAAGUGUGCGACCAUCCGAAGCUUGUGGAGGGUAAAUUGGAGAAGGACAAGGACGCCAUGACAACCGAUGCAAGCCAGAGUCAACAAAGCCAGGAUACUGACGUAGAUGCCAUGGCGGAUCUAUUCAGUACCAUGGGAAUUGAGACCAAGAAAUGCAAUGUAUGUUCCAUGGAGCUCACAAAGGCCGACAGCGAUAAGGGUCUUGAUACCUGUCCUGAAUGCACAGAGGAUAUGAAAUUGUUCCAGGCCAAUGGUACUUCAACAAAGAAAUCAAAGAAGUCGAAGAAGUCUAAAAAGACGGCUGCACCAAAGCCUGUACGAAAGCAGAGGAAUCGAAAUGCCGUGGUGGACAGCGACGACGAAGAUGACUCUGACGAUUCGCUUGAGUCAAUUUCAGCCCUGACACAGAAGAUGGCAAGCCAAGCUCUAUCGUCUCCCGGACAGAGCCGACGUCAAAGAAACCGACGUGUGGUGGACAGCUCAGAGGACGAAUCAGAUUCUGAGGAUGAUUCUGAUUCUGAUGAUGAUGAUGAUGAACUGCAGUAUGGCGGCGCACCAAUUGUUCCAUCAGCCAAGAUUCGAGAAAUGGCACGCAUUCUGCACGAAGAAGCCCACGAACACAAGUUCAUCAUCUUCUCGCAGUUUACAUCGAUGCUCGAUCUGAUUGAACCGUUCUUGCGCAAAGCUGGGUUCAAGUACACGCGCUACGACGGCAGCAUGAAGAAUGAUGCUCGCGAAGAGAGCCUGCGUCAACUGCGCGAGAACAAAUCCGUACGUGUGUUGCUCUGCAGCUUAAAGUGUGGUAGUCUCGGUCUCAACUUGACCGCAGCAACACGAGUCAUCAUUAUAGAGCCCUUCUGGAACCCGUUUGUGGAAGAACAGGCCAUUGAUCGCGUACACCGUCUUACACAAACAGUAGACGUUGUCGUCUACAAGCUGACGGCCGCAAAUACCGUCGAGGGUCGUAUUAUUGACCUGCAAGAGCGCAAGCGUCUGCUUGCUGAGCAAGCUAUUGACGCUGGAUCCAAGAAGGAUGCUCUCAAGUUGGGUCUUGCAGAGCUUAUUGAUCUCUUCAAGCCCACUGCUCACGCACCGACUACCCAGUAUCACUCUACUGCAAGUUAUGACGACCCAGUUGCUGCCAUGGAAGAAAGGGCGCAUUCUGCGGUGCGCAUGUUGGAAAGGAACUCGCCUGUCAAGAAGAAGGCUGAGAAUGGACUCUACGGAAGGAGAUGGUAGUAAUGUCCUCAUGAUUUUCACUGUUGUAUGAUAGUUUUGUUAUUUCCCGGCAGUAUGACCGGGUCGAGUUAGAGAUUUACGGGAACGCCCGCUAUUAGACAUGAAGUAUGAAUCGCUUUUUUAUAGACAUGC